GAGGCUAGCUCCUCAUCACCCACUUCGCGCGCCUCGUAGGUUGAAGGGCGCAUCGCAAGCCAAUGAGUCACUACGCUCCGAUAAAGUAUUUAUAAGCAUAAAUCCUGUUUCAAUACUUUUGUUCUCUUUGACUAUCUACCUUUUCAUCUGCGUCAAGCUCAGCACAGGUCGAGCCCAUCAUGACGUCUCUUAGAACAAAGUUCCAGUCGCAAUCUUGGCAAAAAGAUCAAUUCGUCAUCUCAACAGACCCCAACCUAUUUCCCAUAUCUCAACUCUCUGACAUCUUCAACUCGAGCGAGUUCUACUGGGCUAGCGCACUAUCACCCGAAGCCUUCAAAGAGGCACUUCACAACUCCCUGUCCUUCGGGAUCUACGACUCGGCUCAAUCACCCAGCCCAGAAUCGCCAGGCAAACUGAUCGGCCUCGCUCGGUUGGUGACAGACUUUGUUACUUUUGCGUAUCUUACAGAUGUAUGGGUUGAUCCGACAUACCAAGGCAAGGGUUUGGGGAGCUGGCUUGUUCGUUGUAUCCAAGUAACACUGGACGAGAUGCCGGAUCUGCGACGAGCGAUGUUGCUCACGGGAGAUUGGGAGAGGUCUGUGCCAUUCUAUGAGAGGCUGUUGGGUAUGAGCUUGGUUGAACCGAAGAGGGGUGAAGGACUUGCUGUUAUGGAGAGUAAGGGAAGAGGUCAUCCAACUUAUGGAAAGACAGGUCUAGGGUAUGACUGAGUAAACUGGAGUACUCACAGCUUCUCAUUCUCGAAAUUCCAUAUAGAAAAGUAUUGUAUUAUUCUGAAAAACAUUAGCAAGUGUUAGGAAUUAGUUUGUUGCUAGACUUCAUUAAGCAGAUAUGAACUCCG